AGCCGGUGGAGGGGGAGGGGAGAAGCACACUCCCUGUUGACCAGGGAGCCCAAGGUGGUACUCGAUCCCAGGACCCUGAGAUCAUGACCUGAGUUCAAGGCAGACGCUUCACCGACUGAGGCCCCCAGAACAGAGGAAUCUCAACACUGGGCUACAACACUGGACUGAACAAGGGAACCGAACAGAUCAGGCCGGAGCCGCCGCCGCCGCCGCCGCUCUGGCUCACCAGAAGAACGGGAGAAAGCGGAGACCUGGGUUGAAGGAAAGCACGGGCUGGCAGCUCUCCACUGCUACUCGAGCCAGCAGAGGGACUUGCAGACCAUGUAGCAGAAGCGGGAUGAGGCUAAUGAGAGGGAGGCACCCUCGUAGCUCGUGGCUCUGUGCCCGCCCUCUGGUUCUUGGCCUGUGCGCCUGGAGUCCGUCCCACCAAGGCCGCGUGUCGCACAGUGUGCCCGGCCUCAGCAUCCGCAGCGGCAUUCCCUUUGUGCUGAGCCUGCGGGCAUCCCUCCCGUGCUUCCUGCCUGCAGGUAGCCUCUCUCCCUUGGGCCCCUCGGAGGGCUGAGGGUUGCCCCUUCCCAGGAUUGUAUUCCUGUGGGGUCGCCCAAAGUAUGACAACUGGCUUCGUGAGUAACAACAGCAGCAACACGGAAUUGCGACAUUCGAGUCGCGCAGAAUCUUAGCAUCAGCAAGGCAAGGCCUACAGCUCUCAGAGACAUUUUAGGCCUAUACAGCUCGUUCUCCAGGUUCAGGACUUCAUAACCAUAUAGACUCCUUGUUCUUGGAUCACAGCCAUUAUCACCCCCGCCCACAGCACCCCUUGCAGUUUGUCCAGCCCCAGCUCACCGCCCUCCGCACAAGAAAGGAAUUCCCUGUGCCUCACUGCCUGAUGACUGGACCAGACCCUCGUCACAGCAAGCCUGGAAGAAACCCCCUCCCCACCUGGGGUUCCUUGACUCCUUACCAGGCCCAGGUGUUCUGUCCUGGGAGGGUAACACAAGGCAGAAAAUAAAGUGGGCGGGACCCAGCCCCGGGGCCCUUGAGGACAGGAGUGACAAGCCUGGCUCUAGGUAUCCCCACCCAGGCUGCUCAUCGGAUGCCCGCUUUCGCCCCGCCCCAGGCCAGGCCUGCUGCUGGCACUGGAGCCUGUGCCCGCCACGGGACAUGACCAAGCUCCCCUGCCAGGGGCUAAAUCUGGGAGCUGCCUGCUGUGAGCUCUGGCCCCGCCACUCGACCUCCAACGCCUGUCGGGAGGCCCCUUCCCUGUCUGACCUACAGGGACCGGCUGCCAUGUCCCACCGGAAGUUCUCUGCCCCUCGGCACGGACACCUGGGCUUCCUGCCCCACAAGAGGAGCCGUCGGCACCGGGGCAAGGUGAAGACUUGGCCUCGGGAUGACCCCAGCCGGCCCGUGCACCUCACGGCCUUCCUGGGCUACAAGGCAGGCAUGACGCACACUCUCCGAGAGGUGCACAGGCCCGGGCUCAAAAUUUCCAAGCGGGAGGAAGUGGAGGCAGUGACGAUUGUGGAGACACCACCUCUGGUGGUGGUAGGCGUGGUGGGCUACGUGGCCACCCCUCGAGGCCUGCGGAGCUUCAAGACCAUCUUUGCAGAGCACCUUAGUGACGAGUGCCGCCGCCGCUUCUACAAGGACUGGCACAAAAGCAAGAAGAAAGCUUUUACCAAGGCCUGCAAGAGGUGGCGGGACGCCGACGGCAAGAAGCAGCUGCAGAGAGACCUCGCCGCCAUGAAGAAGUACUGCAAGGUCAUCCGAGUCAUCGUGCACACUCAGAUGAAGCUGCUGCCUUUCCGGCAGAAGAAGGCCCACAUCAUGGAGAUCCAGCUGAAUGGCGGCACGGUGGCUGAGAAGGUGGCCUGGGCCCAGGCCCGGCUAGAGAAGCAGGUGCCGGUGCACAGCGUGUUCAGCCAGAGCGAGGUCAUUGAUGUCAUUGCCGUCACCAAGGGCCGGGGUGUCAAAGGGGUCACAAGCCGCUGGCAUACCAAGAAGCUGCCACGAAAGACCCACAAGGGGCUGCGCAAGGUGGCCUGCAUUGGCGCCUGGCACCCUGCCCGCGUGGGCUGCUCCAUCGCCCGGGCCGGGCAGAAGGGUUACCACCACCGCACAGAGCUCAACAAGAAGAUCUACCGUAUUGGCCGGGGGCUGCACAAGGAGGAUGGGAAGGUGGUCAAGAACAAUGCGUCCACCAGCUACGAUGUGACUGACAAGUCCAUUACACCACUGGGUGGCUUCCCGCACUAUGGGGAGGUCAACAACGACUUCGUCAUGUUGAAGGGUUGCAUUGCGGGCACCAAGAAGCGGGUCAUCACGCUGAGGAAGUCCCUCCUGGUGCACCACAGCCGCCAGGCCCUGGAGAACAUCGAGCUCAAGUUCAUCGACACCGCCUCCAAGUUUGGCCACGGCCGCUUCCAGACAGCGCAAGAGAAGAGGGUCUUCAUGGGUCCCCAGAAGAAGCAUCUUGAGAAGGAAAAGCCAGAGACCUCGAGAGACCUGUAGGCGGCUUGCGAUGGAGGAAGCCUGAAGGAAGCGCAGCGCGACCCCGCCUGUGCCCGCUGUCUAAUAAAGUGCGGACGCGACUGUGCCCGCGUGUCUCAG